UAUAGAGCAUGUGAAGGGCUUCAGAGUUUACCUGGAGGACAAGGACCCAGAGGGGAAGCAGUGUCAGCACAUGAUCCUCAAAGACCCACGACAGCUCAACUUUUCUUACAGCAAUGUGAAGAUGAACUCUCAGCCCUUCCCUGGCCUGGCCUUUGAGAUGGACUACAUGGUUCGGAUUGUWCCUUUCCCCACCUUCAUGAAUGACAGCUUCUUCCCUCCGUCCUUCCUGCGCACCAACUCCUGUGAAGUGCUUCUGGGACCCGACAACCUCGUCUGCAAACCAUUCUGGAAGCCCAAGACCCUCAACAUCUCUCAGCGGGGCACCAACCUCCAUGUUGUCUUUGACCACGCCCCUUCCACCUUCGGCUUCACCGUUUACUACCUGUACUACAAACUACGACAGGAGGGACCCUUCAGGCUCAAACGCUGCAAACCGGAGUUAAAUCUGCCCAAAACAACAUGUGUUCUUCAAGAUGUGAUACCAGGAACCUAUGCGAUUGAGCUGCGAGAUGACACCAACACCACCAGGAGACAGGCCCAGUACCAUGUGAGCCAAGCCCACUCCCCGUGGGCAGGUCCUAUCAGAGCCAUGGCCAUCACUGUUCCUCUGGUCAUAAUUUCUGCCUUUGCUACACUCUUCACCGUCAUGUGCCGCAAGAAACAACAAGAGAACAUCUACUCCCAUCUGGACGAGGAGAGCUCUGAGUCAUCGUCUCACACCACAGCUCUGAAUGCAGACAGGCCCUGGCCCCGGACCAAGGUGUUURUCUGCUAYUCCACUAAGGACUGCCCCAAACACCUCGCUGUCAUACAGAGCUUCGCCUUCUUCCUCCAGGACUUCUGUGGCUGUGAGGUGACUCUGGACCUAUGGGAGCACCUGCAGAUCUGUAAGGAGGGCCAGAUGUCCUGGCUGAGCCGGCAGAUAGAUGAGGCUCACUACAUCAUCACUGUCUGCUCCAAGGGCCUCAAGUACUACGUAGAGAAGAAAAAMCGCAGAGGGAAAUCACCAGCCAGAACUUGCCCUGGAGGUGGUGGAGCAGCAGCUGCAGCAGCGAAUGGAGCAGAGCUCUUCAUCGUUGCCGUGGCAAUGAUCGCAGAGAAGCUUCGCGAGGGGUGCCAGAAAGACCAGGACCUGUCUCGUUUCAUGGCCAUCUACUUCGACUACUCCCACGAGAGCGAUGUCCCCACCAUGCUGAGCCUGGCUCCCAAGUUCAAGCUCAUGGAUCAGCUCCCUCAGAUGUUCAGCCUCCUCCACUCUCGACAGCUCAGUUUACCAGAGCGUGAACAGCAGCCUCUCAACAUCAGCAAGAGGAACUACUUCCGGAGCAAGUCGGGGCGGUCUCUAUACGUAGCCAUCUGUAACAUGCACCAGCACAUUUCUCUGGAGCCUGAUUGGUUCGAGAGGCAGCUGAUGCCUGCCCCCCCAGCCCCGCCUCCGAAGCAGCGUGAUGCCGCCGGAACGUCUUCGUCAUCAUCACCUCACAUGGGGAAGUUUGACUCUGGGCUGGUGCUCAAUGAGGUUCUGUUUAAGUUGCCAUCAGAAAGUGAGGGUACUCUGAAGAGGAAUGUGCUGCUCACGUCUCUCCCACCCAACCUCAGUCUGGCCCACUGCUCCCUGGACAGACCUGUGGGGCCUGGGCCCGGCUCCAGCCUCUCUCAGGGGGAGAUCGGGGGGCUGUCUGGGGCCUCAUCUGGUCUGGGUCCUCUGGGUCUGGGGUCUCUGAGGCCUGUGGUCCCUCCCCAGGCUGGGGACGGCUCGGCCAGUCCUCCAGAGAUGCCCAGGGACUCGGGGAUCUAUGAUUCAUCAGUGCCUUCCUCUGAGCUGUCCAUCCCCCUCAUGGAGGGCCUGUCACCUGACCAGGCUGACUCYUCCUCUCUGGCCGAAAGCGAAUCAUCUUCUUCCGGACUGGGUGAUGAGGAGCCACCUGCUGUCAGCUCUCUGCGCUGCGCCAUGGCAACCAUCUGUAAAGCUGAGCUCCACCAACAACAUCUAAAGCAGUCUGAAGGACUGGGGCUCCCUCCUGUUCCUGUUCCUCCCUUGUAGUGAACGGAACAACAACUUUACAUUACCUGGACACGCAUAAAGACACUUUACUGCCUUCAAUGACACUGCCUUGAUACAGACCAUCAUCCUGAGUUGUACKAGCUAUCUAAAACAUUGGAUCCCAAAUGAACAGUGUACGGUAACCAAGCCCAUGGAUGUCAGUGAUGUCAUCCGCUUUGGAAUCUCUGUGGACUUGUGGCUGAUAGAACACUGAGGAAUGAUGAUGUCAUUGUUUUAGAACACAGAGGGUUUUGUGAAUGUUCUAAGUUGUGUGAAGGCAAGGCGUUAUUUAAUCAAAUGGUUGUAUGUUGUUUUGCAGCGCUGUCCUGUAUUUGUUAGUGGUCUAAAGGUGUUUAUUUUAGACUAGGCCAGAUCUUCCCUUUAAAACAUCCCAUACCAGGUUACUAGUUCACUAACACAUCUGCUUCAACUCCUCUAAUAAUCAUCAACCCUUGAUUACUUGAAUUAGGUGUGUUAGUGCUUGGCUUGAACAAAAAAUCUGCSACUUCAACACCAGAUGUAGUGUGUUUCUAACUGGGACAAUUCCAGUGGUGAUGACCAUGCUCUUUUGCGUGAGAGAACGUUGGUUUGUUACUUAUUUAUUGAAAAUUAUGAAAUAUGAAAUUACUUUUUAAGGAUACAAGGUGCUGAAAUUGUGUGUCAAAACACUUUUACAUGUUUUUUUACUGUAGUUUUCACACCAAUUUGUUUUACUAAUAGAAAAGGUUUGACAACUCUUGUAUAAGAGAUCAGAUAAAUUGGGAGUACCUAGGGCUGUGGUGGUCAUGACAUUUCGUCAGCCAGUGUUUGUCAAGCAAAUAACUGUCGGUCUCACRGUAAUUGAC